AGUUGUAGUGUCUCGGUUCAUGUCUCGGUACAUGUAUGGCGGUGUUGCAGACCGGGGAGGAUUGGGAGGCGCUGAAGGGAAUGCCAGUGCGAUGUCGGUAGAGAGCAGCAUGGCCGUCAGUGUUAUACAACAGCUUGAGAUAAAGCCAACUUUGGGUCAUCAACCAUUGAUUCCUCCUAAUACUGAGUUCGCAGGAAAGUACCUCGCAGUUCGGAGACUCGGGUAUGGAACUUUCUCAGAGAUUUACUUGGGUGCUGAGAUUGGCGCUGAUUCAACGGUACCACCUAUUGCACUGAAGGUUGAGAAGCCUCUUCGAUGUGUGCCACGGGUGUUGACCUAUGAGGCUAAAGUUAUGCAGUGGUUAAAGAGACACGACCCUAGUAUAGCGAUACCACAGGUGUAUUUCCUUGGUACGGACAUGGUCAUUGUACCGUGGGGAUCGAACUACCCUACAACAGUAGUGGCUAUGCAGCUGUGUCCAGGAGAGUCUCUGUCGGUUGUGAGGAGGCGUAUUGGGAAGUUCUCGCCGUUCAGCUUGGCGGCACUCGGACGGGGUAUGCUAGAUACCCUACAUCGCAUGCAUAAGCUGGGGUACAUUCAUCGGGACGUUAAGCCUUCGAAUUGGCUCGUGAGCUCCACGCCUGACAGUUCGGAAGGUCCACCACCAAAGCUGGAGUGUUUGCUAAUCGAUUUUGGCCUAGCCAAGCGAGUCGAUGCUACUCACACUGCAGAGGAGGACAAAACACUUUACGCUGCGGAUGACCAACCGCCCCGCACGACCCAAGCGCACUCAUUCCGUGGUACGACAAACUAUGUAUCUCCGGGGGGCGGCCAUUUGACUUACAUCGACGAUUAUUGGAGCCUCGUUUUCGUGUUUCUGGACUUGGCGCUGGGCGGUCUGCCGUGGAAGUCUAUAGAGCAUACCAGUAGUGAAGAACUGAGUAGUUCGGGGGAGCCGUUGACCCAGCGAGAGAAGGUGGCUGAGAUCAAACGGGAUUUGGUCCGAUAUGCGACCUACAGGGCCAAGGAUUCACCAGCCUUGGCGUGCUUUGGUAUGGUUGCCUUAGUGGAUGUGGCAUCGACUCGUGUUAUGUCGAUGGCUGGCUCGGGCGGGGAAGAGGCGGCGGCUAAGGCGGCGGCCACGCUCAUGGACGGCCUCUAUAAAACGAUGGAUGAUAUUCUACUACGACUACUUAAUCGUUUGGGUAGAGGGGCGACUAGCGACCCGGUAGCGGUAGCUGAGCGGGUCCAUGGCGAGCUGAUGGUGCAGAACCCUCUGGCACCUCCUCCACCGGCUGUGCCGAUCCAUCGUUCGAGGAGGUCGACUACGAGUAAUUCAGGCAGCUCUAUGGAAGAUGGAAGCGAACGGUCGAGGGAAGGAUCCCAUGGCCCUCCACCGCUGCCGCCUCCACUGACUAGUCCUAGUGAUCUCACAGAUGACGUCACUCAAGUCCCUGCUAAUACGAUAAUAAAGUGUUUAGCUGAGGACUAUCGAGUGUCGAUGGACGGUCGGCUUGGCCACAUACUGGACCGAGUCAUUACUACUGAUAGAGUGCCUGGCGUGCUACGUCGACAUGAUGUUGAAAUUGAACUUACUGACAAAUUAUCGAGGGAUAACGUCCGCCUUAUGUGUGCUCUAUUCCAAGCUCACGACUUGGGUAGCAUUGGAAAGGUGGAGCUGGAAGACCAUGGACAGCCUCUCUGUCUGUGGUACCUCUUCCGAGGCUCCUGCCCUUUGGGGGAGUCCUGUCCAUUGAAGCAUCCACAGGCAUUACAGUCGAUGCAUGGACCCAAUGAGAUGCACUAG